AUGUCCUCGGAAAAUUCUAUUCUUCGCGAUACUGUAGAGCCGAACGAGGCUGCUGCCUUUGCCGACGUCUUCACAAUUCAACAAAGCACGACAUCUAGUGCUGGUGAUAUGGUCGCGAUGAAAUUGCACGAUGUACCGAAUCGUCUUGUCAUCGCACCCGACGAGCCAUCGGGCAUGGAUUGCUUUGCUGACGAUCGAGAUGCGUUGAAUGAUUUUGCUAAAUACUACAACAAUGCUCAUCUUAGCGAUGUCAAUAUCAUUGUAGGAGAU